GGUAGAGGCGCACUAUUUCUCCAACUCCUUUUGUAUGUCUGUAUGCGCGCGUCCUCCGCGCUACUGGGUGGGUUUCCUGUGGAAUGCUGCGCUCAAGGCCUGGCGAGGCGGCGGCAGGAUACAAUCGAGUCCCUGCAGUUGCUAUAAGAAGCUCCUUGUGAACGGCGCCAUUUUAAGCCUCUCUCACAUAGCCUUUCGGUUGGUUUGGCGAUAGCGGCCGCGGCGGACGGCGAGGACCGGGUCUGAAGUGCAACAGACCCCAGUUCUUGGAAUAUAAAAAAAUGGCAACUCAAGCAGGCAGGGAUCCCGGGCAGAGGAAUAGAACACCGACGCCUCCCAGCCAGGAUCGUCGGAGUGCUGACUUAAUGGAAUUGGAUAUGGCAAUGGAGCCAGACCGAAAAGCAGCUGUCAGUCAUUGGCAGCAACAGUCGUACCUAGAUUCUGGUAUCCAUUCUGGUGCCACAACCACAGCUCCCUCUCUGAGUGGCAAGGGAAACACUGAAGAGGAAGAUGUUGAUACCACCCAAGUUCUAUAUGAAUGGGAACAAGGAUUCUCUCAGUCUUUCACUCAGGAUCAGGUAGCUGAUAUUGAUGGACAAUAUGCUAUGACUCGAGCACAGAGAGUGCGUGCUGCCAUGUUCCCAGAAACAUUGGAUGAAGGCAUGCAAAUCCCAUCAACACAGUUUGAUGCUGCACAUCCAACAAAUGUACAACGACUUGCCGAACCUUCCCAGAUGUUAAAACAUGCUGUGGUUAAUUUGAUAAACUACCAAGAUGAUGCAGAGCUUGCAACUCGUGCCAUCCCAGAAUUGACUAAAUUGUUAAAUGAUGAGGACCAGGUUGUGGUGAACAAAGCAGCAGUUAUGGUUCAUCAGUUGUCCAAAAAAGAAGCUUCUCGUCAUGCUAUCAUGCGUUCUCCACAAAUGGUUUCUGCAAUUGUGCGUACUAUGCAGAAUACAAAUGAUGUAGAAACAGCCCGUUGUACUGCAGGUACAUUACAUAACUUAUCUCAUCAUCGUGAAGGCUUACUGGCAAUCUUCAAAUCGGGAGGUAUUCCUGCUCUGGUUAAAAUGCUCGGGUCUCCAGUGGAUUCUGUGCUUUUCUAUGCGAUUACUACUCUGCACAAUCUUCUGUUGCAUCAGGAAGGUGCUAAAAUGGCUGUCCGUCUAGCUGGAGGUUUACAGAAAAUGGUUGCCUUGCUCAACAAGACAAAUGUUAAGUUUCUGGCAAUUACAACAGAUUGUCUUCAGAUUCUUGCAUAUGGUAAUCAAGAAAGCAAGCUAAUUAUUUUGGCAAGUGGUGGACCCCAGGCUCUAGUAAACAUAAUGAGGACCUACACCUAUGAGAAAUUAUUGUGGACCACAAGUAGAGUCCUGAAAGUGCUAUCAGUCUGUUCUAGUAACAAACCAGCAAUUGUGGAAGCUGGUGGAAUGCAAGCCUUGGGACUCCAUCUUACAGAUCCAAGCCAACGUCUUGUUCAGAAUUGUCUCUGGACUCUUAGAAAUCUCUCAGAUGCUGCAACUAAGCAAGAAGGCAUGGAAGGUCUUUUGGGAACACUUGUGCAGCUUUUAGGAUCAGAUGAUAUCAAUGUUGUGACUUGUGCUGCUGGCAUCCUUUCUAAUCUUACUUGCAAUAACUACAAGAAUAAAAUGAUGGUGUGCCAAGUUGGUGGAAUUGAAGCCCUUGUACGCACAGUUCUCCGUGCUGGUGACAGGGAAGACAUCACUGAGCCAGCUAUCUGUGCCCUCCGCCAUCUCACCAGUCGGCAUCAGGAAGCUGAAAUGGCCCAAAAUGCAGUGCGCCUUCAUUAUGGUCUACCAGUGGUGGUUAAACUUCUGCAUCCACCAUCCCACUGGCCUCUUAUAAAGGCUACUGUUGGCUUGAUUCGUAAUCUUGCUCUCUGUCCAGCAAAUCAUGCUCCAUUGCGCGAACAAGGGGCAAUACCAAGAUUAGUGCAGCUACUAGUUAGAGCACAUCAAGAUACUCAACGUCGAACUUCAAUGGGGGGUACACAGCAGCAGUUUGUGGAGGGUGUGCGUAUGGAGGAAAUAGUUGAGGGCUGCACUGGAGCUCUUCAUAUCCUAGCUAGAGAUGUUCACAAUCGGAUUGUAAUUAGGGGUCUAAACACCAUUCCACUCUUUGUGCAGUUGCUAUAUUCCCCUAUUGAGAACAUCCAGAGAGUAGCUGCAGGUGUACUAUGUGAAUUGGCUCAAGACAAAGAAGCAGCUGAGGCAAUUGAAGCAGAGGGAGCUACAGCACCAUUAACAGAACUACUACAUUCUAGAAACGAGGGUGUGGCAACAUAUGCAGCUGCAGUAUUAUUCAGAAUGUCUGAAGAUAAACCCCAGGAUUAUAAGAAACGUCUGUCAGUGGAACUGACCAGUUCUCUUUUUAGGACUGAACCAAUGGCUUGGAAUGAGAGUGCUGAUUUGGGACUUGACAUUGGUGCUCAAGGAGAACCUCUUGGCUAUCGCCCAGAUGAUCCUAGCUAUCGUUCUUUCCACUCUGGAGGAUAUGGUCAGGAUACCUUGGGUAUGGACCCAAUGAUGGAACAUGAAAUGGGUGGCCAUCACCCUGGUGCUGAUUACCCAGUUGAUGGACUACCAGAUCUAGGACAUGCCCAGGACCUUAUGGAUGGACUCCCUCCAGGUGACAGUAAUCAGUUGGCCUGGUUUGAUACUGAUCUGUAAAUCAUCCUUUUAGCUGUAUUUUCUGAUCUCGCAUUGUGAUUGGCCUGUAGAAUUGCUGAGAGUGCUCGUGGGGUGGGCUGGUUAUCUCAGAAAGUGCCUGACACACUAACCAAGCUGAGUUUCCUAUGGGAACAACUGAAGUAAACUUUUUGUUCUGGUUCUUCUGGUCAAGGAGUAACAAAUGAAUUUGGGGAGUGACUCAUGAAAUAGAAGAAUGCACAAGAAUGAAUCACAAAAUGAAAUUUAUCAAACUCUAGCUUUGCUUGUUUAAAACUUUUUUUAAUUUUUAAAUAACUGUAAUGGUACUGAUCUUGCUUGCUUUCAUAGUAGUUUUCUCUUUUGCAGUAAUUGUAGGGUUUUUAAGUCUCUGUGUUUAAGUUAUAGUGAACAUGCUACAGCAAUUUCUGAUUUUUAAGGAUUGAGUAAUGGUGUAGAACACUAAUUCAUAAUCACUCUGUAUUCGGAAAAAUGUAACAUUGUAGCCCUUUUGUAUAAAAAAGUUAGACAAAUAGAAAUGGUCCAAUUAGUUUCCUUUUUACUAUGCUUAAAAUAAGCAGGUGGAUCUAUUUCCUGUUUUUGAUCAAAAACUUUAUCUGGAAAUGCUGGAUAGAGGCCAAUAAAAACUGUUGUAUGGAACCUUGUAUUGGACAGUUUACCAGUUGCCUUUUAUCCAAUAUUAUAGCCUGCUGUGAUAACAGAUGCUUCAUGAAAACAGUUAUACAGAUGGUUCAAAAUUAAAGUAAACUUUUAAUUCA